GUGCAAGAUCAAUGCUACUGUCAGUUGUAAUACUUUAUUAGUAUAGUUUAUGGUUCAUGCACGUUAUAUGCAUAUAAUAUAGCUGAGUACAAGUAGUUCGGAAGAAGCACAUAUCUGCAAAGAUGGUGAUGGUUGAGCAGAAGAAGAUCAGCCUUUCCCUUCUAAUACUCUUUUGCUGUUUAAACCAUGAAUUAGGUGCACACGUACUUCCAUCAGAAAGCAAAAACAUCAAAGUAAAUGGAGAUAUGUCAAUAGACAUGGGGAUUAUUCUAGAUAUGGAGUCAUGGAUAGGGAAGUCUAUUCACAGGUGCAUUACCAUGGCCAUAGAUGACUUUUAUGCUCUUAAUCACAGUUACAAAACAAGGAUAGUUGUUCACACUAGGAACUCCAAAGGAGAUCUGGUAAACGCUAUGUCAGCUGUAGAUGACCUUCUCAAAAACGUGAAGGUGCAAGCCAUCAUAGGCCCAGAAACACAUCUUCAGUCGAAGCUAUUAUCAGUGUUUGCUAAUAAAGCUAAAGUUCCUAUAUUUUCUUUUGCUGGUUCGUCCUCAAUGGAAUACCCUUACCUGUUCCAAAUCAAAGAAGACGAAUGCACUAUGGCCAAAAGCAUUGCUGCCCUUGUGGAAUCAUAUAAAUGGAGCAAUGUUAUCUUUGUUCAUGAAGACAAUGACGAUGGGAGGGAGAUCUUACCAUAUUUAGCUGAGUCAUUCCAAGAAAAAAACAUCCAGAUAAGUUAUAGAAGUGCCAUUUCAGCGUCUGCCACGCUUGAUGACAUCACUAAAGAGUUGAAAAAGUUCAUGACUUUUCACACAACUAUAAUCAUUGUACAUAUGUCACCUUCACUAGCAUCUAAACUUUUCCUAAAAGCAAAAAGUUUACAAAUGGUUAGCGAAGAAUAUGGGUGGGUUUUAACUGAAAAGACAGUUGAUCUCUUUCGAUCAACAAACUUUGAAGUUAUUGAGUCAUUACAAGGGGCGCUAGGUUUUCGGUCUUAUGUUCCCGCAUCCAGCAGACUAUAUAACUUAACAACAAGAUGGCAUAAUUUCUUUUACAAGAAGUACCCUACCUUGGUAACAAAAGAAGUUCCUGUUUCUGCCAUAUGGGCAUAUGACACCAUUUGGGCACUUGCCUUGUCUGUUGAGAAGGUUGAGGUUGGAGUCCCACAUAUUAAUGGUGGGACUUUGCUCUUACAUGAGGUUUUGAAAACAAGAUUUAAGGGUAUAAGCGGUGAGUUUGAUCUGAGUGAAAGAAAAAUAAGAUCCAAUGGAUAUGAGAUUAUGAAUGCCAUCGACUAUGGUGAGAGGAGAGUAGGAUAUUGGACACAUUCACAAGGGAUCAGGAGCAACAUCCAUCUCUAUUCUAGUUUAGGUACCGAAGCUACAACUGCUCCAAAACGUCGGAUUUUAAGUACAGCUCCGAAUAAAAGAUUAAAAAUUGGUGUUUCGAAGAUAAGAAACUUUAAGAACUUCAUUGAUGUAGAUUUUGAUGCUGAGAAAAAUGUUACAACUGCUGUUGGGUUCUCCGUAGAUGUAUUCAAGACAUGCAUUGGUUUGUUACCAUAUGAAGUGCCCUACGUAUUCAUUUCAUUUGAGAAUGCCACUUAUGAUGACCUCGUACAGAAGGUCUAUGCUGAGGAAAUUGAUGCAGUUGUGGGUGAUUCAACAAUCUUGGCGAACAGAUCUGAGUAUGUUGACUUUACAGCGACUUACACGGAUUUGGGUGUAGGAACACUAGUAAGAAUCAAGAAACAAGACUUGUGGUUUUUCUUGAAGCCUCUUGAUAUUGGUCUAUGGCUAGCUGCUAUGGCUUCUCUUAUUCUAACUGGCUUCGUUGUUUGGGCUAUUGAAAGUAUGAAUCAAGAAACCGAAUGUUCACCGGCUCAUCGACUUGGAACAAUCUUCUGGCACAUCCUGUUGACCAUCUUUUUUGCUCAAAGAGAGAAGUUGUCGAGCAAUCUGUCAAGAUUUGUAAUGUUUAUCUGGUUACUCAUUUUGCUUAUCUUGAUCACGAGCUACACAGCAACGUUGACUUCACUGUUGACAGUAGAGCAAUUUGAAUUAGCUUCAAAGGGUGGAAUUGUGGGGUUUCAUGGAGGCUCUUUUAUAGGAGGAGUCACGGUUAGGAACAUGCACUUUGAAGGUCAUCAGAAGAGGGCAUACUACUCAUAUGAGGAUUAUGCUCAUGCUUUAUCGAAAGACGGUGAAGCUGAUGCCAUUGUUGAUGAAAUUCCAUACAUCAAGAUGUUUCUUAGCAAGUACCCUGGUGACUAUGCCUUGGUCUCUUCUGAACCUAUCACUUCAGGUUUUGCCUUUAUCUUCCAAAAAGGUUCACCACUGGUCGAAGACGUGUCAAGGGUAAUCGCUAGAAUAAGAUUGGAUAAAACUCUAGAAAGUGUGGAAAACACAUGGUUUGGAAAUCGAUUAUCUGUUCUCUCCCGAAAUUCUACAAUGCCCCAGGCCUUAAAGCUUGAUAGAUUUGGUGGUCUUUUUAUUAUUAGUGGUAUCACUUGUACUUUAGCUCUUAUGAUGUCUAUACUUCAUCAACUUCAUGGGAAAAUGGAGGUCUACAGUAUCAUUUCAGUUUUAGUUGGUCGCAAUUUGAUGGCUACUAUAAGGCAUCUUUUGUAUAGAAAUGUUGUGCAAACAUGACUAACCACUUAACCAGUUCUUAUAUUCAUG